AUUCCAUAUUGGAUCUUCAAAUGUACCUUUCUUCUCUUGUUCCCUUCCUGUGGUUUGGUGGUUGCUGUUGGUGGUCUGCAACGCUUUCUACGGAAGUUUUGGGAAUUGCAGGUUUGCACUUUAUUAGAGAGCAAACCUGCCAAUCCCCAGUUUCCUCCAGGGAAAACUGGAUGGCCAGUCAUUGGAGAAACCCUGGAUUAUCUCAUCAAUGCAAGACAUGGGGUUCCUGACAAGUUUGUAAUUAAAAGAAUGAAGACGUACUCACCUGAUGUUUUUCAAACAUCUCUUCUUGGCGACAGAAUGGCUGUGUUCUGUGGUGCAUCAGGUAAUAAGUUUAUCUUCUCCACUGGAAAUAAGUUUGUCCAAGCCUGGUGGCCUCGGUCUCUGAAACAAGCUCUACUCUUCCCUGAAACUCAUGAUAAUUCUUACAAUGAAGAAUCCUGUAUCCUUCGCAGCUUUCUUCGUGAUUUUCUCAGGGCAGAAGCAUUGAAAGAUUACAUUCCUGUAAUGGAUUCUAUGGCUAAAGAACACCUGGAGGCAGAGUGGCUUCCUUACAAAGAAGUGAAGGUGUUUCCACAGGUUAAAACCUAUAUAUUUGCAUUAGCUUGCAGAAUGUUUAUGAGCAUCAAAGAUCCCGUGCAUGUAAAACGAGUUAAGGAUCUCUUUGAUGUUGUUGCUGCUGGAGUGUUUUCUUUGCCUGUAAAUAUUCCUGGUACGGCUUUUAACAGAGCUUUCAGAGGAGGGAAAAUCAUGAGGGAGGAGUUUCUAGCAAUUAUUAAACAGAGAAGGAGCGAGUUAUUGGAGAAUAAAGGCACAGAAGAAGCUGGUAUGGAUUUGAUGUCUCGAAUGCUUCUUGGUUUAGAUCAUGAUCAUCAGGAAGGUGGAACUUUGGAUGAAAUGAAGAUUGCUAAUAGGAUUAUGGGUUUGCUUAUUGCUGGUUAUGAUACGACCACUAUUUCACUAACAGCUAUAGUCAACUAUCUUGCCGAGAAUCCCAACAUCUAUGACAAAGUCUUGAGAGAACAAAUGGAGAUUGCAAAGUCAAAAAUUCCAGGAGAGCUCUUGAACUGGGGUGAUGUUCAAAAGAUGAAGUACGCUUGGUGCGUGGCCUGUGAAUCAAUGAGGCUAUCACCACCAGUUCAAGGGACAUUUAAAGAAGUUACAACUGACUUCACUUAUGCAGGCUUCAUAAUUCCUAAGGGAUGGAAGACACAUUGGACUGUACAUUCAACAUACAAAGAUCCCAAAUAUUUUCCGGACCCAGGAAAGUUUGACCCAUCAAGAUUUGAAGGGCAAGGUCCUCCACCAUACACUUUUGUACCCUUUGCUGGAGGACCUAGAAUGUGCCCUGGAAAGGAAUAUGCUCGGUUUGAGAUACUUGUUUUUGUGCAUAAUUUGGUGACAAAGUUUCAAUGGGAGAAAGUGAUUCCAGAUGAAAAGAUCAUAUAUAUUCCAAAUGUCACACCAGAAAAUGGCCUACCAGUUCGCCUCCUGCCUCAUCAGAAUUAUGAGUAGCAGAACAAAAUUAACUUAACUAUAUAUAUACAUGUUUAUUAUGCAUUUCAAAUUAUGUAACACAUGCAAUAUUAGGGAGGAUUUAAUAUUGCUCAUAUUCUCACUAUCAUCAAACUGAAAUAAACUGAAGCACUAACACAAGAAUAUUUUCAAUUUUUUUUUUCGAGUUAA